CGUGAAGUGAGCGAUGAAUAAUAUUAGGACAACAAACGUUACGACCGUCUGGAGGUGAGACGAAGGCCUCUAGUUGCCUUUCACGUACGAGUUAAUGUUCUCAUUGUUUUCGUACGGGCACUCCAGGGAGGCGUUUGAUCAAUUUUCCAUUUAGGGCGGCUUAGCAACGUCCCUCCGUACAAUGUUACAAUUUUCAUUAUAACACAGACAGUAGAACAAUAAAAGUAUUUAUUUAAAGUACAUAACUCGAUAACAACAAGUUUGAGAUGGAGGCACCAGCGCCGGCCCCUAUCGUCGUGGGCGGCCGCCGGGAACCUUCCACCGAUCCUGUCAAGGCUCAAGGCAUUCUGACUACCAUAACUCGUAAAGAAUGCGACGCUGCUCGCCAGUGGCACGAGAAAUGGGGAUUUUAUACUCGCAUGCGGGAGAUACAGGAAGAAGAAGCAGUAAAACUUGGUCUGUCCUUGGAAGAAUACCGAGCCGCUGUAAAGUCGGUAGACUGCCAACCGGAGCCGAGAACUUAUCCAGUGGUUGUAGACCCAUCUCCAAAACCCUUGCCACCUACAUCAGCAGCCAUGGUCGGAAGACGGGCUACAUGUCCUUUGGAGCGCUACGGCCGCCUUGUAAAGACCGACCGAGACUUUCCAAGCAGACCGCCUCUUCCGCCCGGUCAAAUUUAUGAUCCUUUCAAGCAAACUUUGGUGUUUUUAGGGAGCGUGGAGGGUGAUCCCAUAUCUUACAAGCUGCCAGCGGCACGCUGCGAGAUACAAGACGAUAUGUGGGCGACGCCGCGCCGCGUCGACGUGAUGCCUCUCUCAUAUGAUUUCUUACAAAAACUAUGAUUCAAAUUAUUAUUUUCUUGCCAUAAAUGCAAAAAAUUUACCAAUUUA